AUGCGACUGGGCGUUGGGACCCUCGUCUUCGCUCUGGCGUUCGGCUCCUGGCUCGCCUGCCUGCACCACGCGCCGACGGGCGGCGCCGGCCGCGUGCUGCGUGUGCUCGAUCACACUGGGCGAGGGACGACGCCGCUGCCGCUGCCGCUGGCUGGGAGAGAGGCCGCUCCGCCGCCCUUCGACCUCGACAGCCCAUCCGGGCUUCGCGCGACACUGACUCUAGUGGCGUCGCGAGGAGGGUGGUCCUCGGAGCGGCCCGGCAUCGCGGACAUCGUCCUGCUGACGAGCGACCGCCGCGGCGUCCGGCUCGCGGCGAACACAGCGCUCCAGCUCCGCCGGUUCGGCAUUGCGCACACCCUCGUGCUAAUGGGCGCCGAGGCGGACUGCGGGCACGCACAGGCGGAGUACAUGUGGCUGGCGGCGGGCUGGAGCCGCGGGCUCCGCGGGUUCGGCCGGUACAAGGGCACCGGCUUCUCGCAGAGUGACGUGGACCUCUGGGCGCUCUGGUCCGCAAAGUGGCUGGUGCUCGCUCGGCUGGUCGAGCUGCGCGCCUCGGUGCUCGCGCUCGACACGGACAUGCUGGUGCUCGCCGACCCGUACCCGCUGCUGCGGGCGCCGCCGCUGUCCCGCUGCUCCCUCGUCCUCCCCGCGGAGGGCACCCGCGUCAACCUCGGCAUCAUGUACGUGCGCGGCGGCGGCCGGGCCGGCAUGAGCGGCGUCGCGUCGGUGCUGUGGGACGUGGUGCGCCGGCUGCGGCUCUUCCUCGAGCAGGGCGACGAGUGGCUGCUCCGCGACGCGCGCAGCGGCCGCACCUCGUUGCAGGGCCUCUGGGACCAGGGCCUCUUCACCGACGCCAUCCAGUCCGCCAUCCUCGGCCGCCACCUCUACCCGUACACCUACCUGCAGAGCGACCCGCGGCACGUGGCGUGGAACCGGACCGGCGGCGGGCUCGAGUGGCCCGCCCCGGGACAGGACCGCGCGCCAAAGGCGGUGGCGCGCCUGCACAGGGUCCAAUGGCGGAUGCCCAGGGAGCGCGAGCAGGGCGACCCGGCCUGCAGCGGCAGCUGGCGGCGGCCGCGGUGGCUCGGCGACGCCCCCGCCGCCUUU